AUGGCAAGAGACAUUCAAAACCAAUUGCUGUUCGAAAUCGCCACAGAGGUGGCCAACAGAGUCGGCGGCAUCUACUCGGUGCUGAAGUCCAAGGCGCCAAUCACGUGCGCGCGCUACCGAGACAAUUACACGCUAAUAGGCCUCUUGAACCCAGAAACUUACCAAACUGAAGUCGAGCCACUGGACUGGCGCGACUCUGCAACCUUCGAGUCCUCCAGCGCGCACACACCGGAGAUCCGGAAUGCGCUCGAAAACAUGAGCAACCGCGGCGUACAAUUUGUAUACGGGCGGUGGCUCAUUGAGGGUGCUCCACGUGUGCUCUUGUUCCAGCUUGAUUCCGUGCGCGCCCACCUCAACGAAUGGAAAUCUGAUUUGUGGGACAUUGCAGGCAUCCCUUCGCCCGAAGGCGACACGUGGACAGACGAUGCAAUCUUGCUGGGCUACGUAGUGGCUUGGUUUCUGGGCGAGCUCGCUCAUCUCGACCAAAGGCAUGCCAUUAUUGCGCACUUCCACGAAUGGAUGGCAGGUGUCGCUCUACCUCUAUGCCGCAAGCGGCGGAUAGAUGUAGUCACCAUUUUUACUACGCACGCCACGUUGCUCGGUCGCUACUUGUGCGCUGGCAAUGUGGAUUUCUACAACAACUUGGACAAGUUCGAUGUGGACUCCGAGGCCGGUAAGCGGGGGAUUUACCAUCGUUACUGUAUAGAACGUGCUGCAGCCCACACUGCGGACGUUUUUACAACAGUAUCCCAGAUCACUGCGUAUGAAUCUGAGUACCUGCUGAAGCGUAAGCCAGACGGGAUUUUACCAAACGGCAUUAACGUAGUGAAAUUCCAAGCUGUGCACGAAUUUCAAAACUUGCACGCACUGAAGAAGGAGAAAAUCAAUGAUUUUGUGAAAGGACAUUUUCAUGGCCACUAUGACUUCAAUUUGGACAACACCCUUUAUUUCUUUAUCGCUGGCAGAUAUGAGUUUAGAAAUAAAGGUGCCGAUAUGUUCAUAGAGGCACUAGCGCGCCUGAACUACAGGCUGAAAAUGGCGAAUUCUAGAAUGACGGUGGUUGCUUUCAUCAUUAUGCCUGCCAAGAACAAAUCCUACACUGUCGAUGCUUUGAAGGGUCAGGCUGUGGUCACAUCACUUGAAAACACCGUUAAGGACGUUGCAGGUCUCAUUGAAAAGCGCCUUUUUGAAUAUGCGAUGCGUCACCCAGAUGGCGGGACCUCUGGGAUACCAACCGAGUUGGACCAACUGCUUAAGCCCUCCGAUAAAGUACUGCUCAAAAGACGCACUUUAGCACUUAGACGCCCGGAAGGCUCGCUGCCUCCCGUAGUCACGCACAACAUGGCGGAUGAUGCCAAUGACCCCGUUCUUAACCACAUAAGAAGAGUCCAGCUGUUCAACAACUCCAAUGACAGGGUCAAGGUUAUCUUCCAUCCCGAGUUUUUGAACGCCAACAAUCCUAUUCUAUCAUUGGAUUAUGACGAAUUUGUGCGCGGCUGUCACCUGGGUGUUUUCCCAUCCUAUUAUGAGCCUUGGGGGUAUACGCCAGCCGAAUGUACUGUCAUGGGCAUUCCCUCUAUCACAACAAAUCUCUCAGGAUUUGGUGCGUACAUGGAGGAUCUGAUCGAACAAGACCAGGCCAAGGACUACGGCAUCUACAUUGUUGAUCGCCGUUUCAAGAACGCAGACGAAUCAGUAGAGCAGCUUGUUGAUUAUAUGGAGAGUUUUGUCAAAAAGACUCGCCGACAAAGAAUCAACCAAAGGAAUAGAACCGAGCGGCUCUGUGACCUACUUGACUGGAAGCGCAUGGGCCUGGAGUAUGCGAAAGCGAGACAAUUGGCCUUACGUCGAGCAUACCCCGACUUGUUCAAAGCUGUUGUUGGCGAAGAAGUUAGCGACGCCAACAUGAACUCAUUGGCUGGAGGCAAGAAGUUCAAAAUAUCGCGUCCUCUAAGUGUUCCUGGAUCCCCCCGCGACCCAAGAGCCGAAAGCAUUGGAAGCACUAUCUUGAUGACACCUGGCGACUUGGGCACCUUACAAGAUGCUAACAACGCCGAUGACUAUUUCCACUUGAGCAUGGGUGUCGAGGAUGAGGAAGAAGACGAAGUGAACUAUCUCGCUGCCGCUGACUAG